AAUAGCUUAGUCCUGGGUAAGACGUGGUCGCGCGGGCAAAUUAUUUCUCCGCGGCUUAUAUUGUUUCCAUCACCUGCUCAUUAGGAAUGCUUUUAUCCUUGACUCGGAUGGGUAGGAAUGGUCUCAAUCGGAUUUUCACAAUGUAGAUAUUUCUGCUGCAUGUUUGGAGAGGACCAUUACGCAAAGAAUGUUUUGCGCUAAACUGAAGGAUCUUAAAAUUGCGGGCGAAUGCCCCUUUUCUAUGGUCUUGGGAAAUGAGGAGCCAGCGGACUUUGAGGGAAGCAAUGCGGUGAAUGUUGUGCCAGUAUCCAGAGAGGUGCAGGGCAAUAUCACAAACAUUCUGCCCAGACGCAAAAUAAGCCGGAGCAAAGUUAAUCUGCAUUCACUGGGAGAAAGCGUCCGAAAGCUGGUGUGUCCAGAGUUCGAGAAAUUACGAAAUGCGUUGAUCAGAGUUAUUAAACAGCAAAUAGACACGAGUUGCCCCGUAGCAUGCAGCUCUGAUGUCUCUCACACACUUGACAAUGCUGAACAAUUAUCCGAUGUCAUGAAAAACUACUCCCUUAAAACAGGUAUCCCCAUGGAUGCGCUAAAGAUUUCUCUGGGUCUGGAGGUGUUUCGGGACUGUUAUGAAGAGGAUGGUCAUAUUCUCAGAGUUGUGGGGGGAGCUCUUCACGAUUUUCUCAACAGUUUCAACGUUCUCCUGAAGCAAAGCACACCACCCACCCCUGAGGUACAGCGUUACAUCCACCAAGCCUCCAUCCUCUGCUUGGACAAAGAUCCAGGACUCUUGACCGUCUAUUUCUUCAAUCCCCUUCCCAGCACUGAGCUCUUCUUCUCUGGUAUCAUCCAGGCGGCAGCGUGUUUGCUUUACUGCACAAGGGUGGAGGUCAGAAUGGAUGUUGGGGGUAAAGACAGUGGCGCUCUACAGGCUGAUCAUCAGCCCCAUCUGCUGUACUCAGUGGUGGUGAGAGACGGCAGGAGUCUCACACCAAGCCCCAUGAGGACACACUCUUCCGGAGACAUUCCCCUCUCGCUGCUCUACUCCACUUUUCCCUUCCACAUUCUCCUGGAUCAGGAAAUGGGCCUGAUGCAGAUUGGAGAUGGUUUGAGGAGACGGCUAGGGCGAUGCAGAGAUGGGCAAAGAAGACCUGCUUUCAAUGAACACUUUGCCAUUGUUUCACCAGAGAUACGAGCCAGCUUCCAGGAUAUUUUGACCAUGCUAAACACUCAAUUCUUGCUAAGGGUGAAGCAGCAUGGAGCAAGCUCUGCUGACAGCCCGGGAAAGCAUAUGGACCUAAAGGGCCAAAUGAUCUUCAUGUCAGAAAUGAGUGCUCUCCUCUUCCUCGGCUCUCCGUGUGUGGAUAAGCUGGAGGAGCUGACAGGCCGGGGUCUUUACCUCUCUGACAUUCCCAUCCACAAUGCACUACGGGAUGUUGUUCUGGUUGGGGAGCAAACCAAGGCCCAGGAUGGACUGAAAAAGCGUCUGGGCAAAGCCAAAGCUGCACUGGAACAGGCACACCAGGCCCUGGAGGAAGAAAAGAGGCGAACUGUAGAGCUGCUCUUCACGAUUUUCCCAGGGAACGUCGCUCAGCGCUUGUGGCAGGGACUUCCUGUGCAGGCGAAAAAGUUUGAUCACGUCACCGUGCUGUUCUCAGAUAUAGUGGGCUUCACUGCCAUCUGCUCACGAUGUACGCCCAUGCAGGUGGUGAACAUGCUCAGUGAGCUCUACACCAGGUUUGAUCACCACUGCGGUGAGCUGGAUGUGUAUAAGGUGGAAACCAUCGGCGAUGCAUACUGUGUAGCAGGAGGAUUACACAAAGAGAGUCCGACCCAUGCCGUCCAAAUUGCUCUUAUGGCUCUAAAAAUGAUGGAGUUGUCUGAUGAGGUCAUGACUCCCAUGGGUGAGGUUAUCAGGAUGCGUAUUGGGAUCCAUUCUGGCUCAGUUUUGGCUGGUGUGGUUGGUGUUAAAAUGCCCCGCUACUGCCUUUUUGGCAAUAAUGUCACAUUAGCCAACAAGUUUGAGUCCUGUAGCCUGCCAAGAAAGAUUAACGUCAGUCCCACCACUUACAGAUUGUUAAAAGAUUGUCCAGAGUUUACUCUCAUACCCCGGACAAGAGAGGAUCUUCCGCCCAACUUCCCCACUGACAUCCCUGGAGUUUGUUACUUCCUCCAGGCUCACGAUCAAAAGACAAAUGCAGCUCAAGAGGAAACUCAGCCCAGUGGAUGAAUGCGUAAAAACCUCUCAUACGACAAAUGCUGGAAGGAGUGGGUUAAUACUGCCUGUCACUCUGUGUAUCUUUUUAGUUGAGUCAGAGGUAGUUUAUCGUCCAAAUGUUGAAUGUUGCCAAAAAGCUAUCAAGUAACACUCAUCGAAAGGAUUUGCACAGGUUUCCUCAGAGCGGAAUUAAGUGUGAGAAUUUGAUUGACAGGUCAUAUUUUGUUUUUUAAUAAAGUAUAUGGUUUGUUUUAACUUCCUUACUGUAUACCAAAAAUAUAAAGCAAAGAAUGUCAUCCACGUUCGUAUCUACAAUGGCUGACUGUUUCUUUAAAUGCUAGAGAGUCUAGACAGAGAAACGUUUAUAAUCGUCUAUAAGAGUUACAGUAAGCAUCAGUUCAAUAAUCUUUAUAGAGCACGUCAUUGUAUUAAGCACACAGUAAAGCUUCACCUCGGCAGAGCCCGAGCACAAUCAUCUUUAAAGUAAACAUUGUGACUUUUUUGUAUUGUAAUAGAUCUGUAAUAAACAUGCUUUACUCAA